AUGGACCUGUUCUCCGCGGCCUGCGAGAACUUCGGUCUGGUCAUCAACACGCAGAAGACGGUGAUGAUGCAUCAAACGCCACCCAACUCAGCCACAGCCCCCAACGCGCCGCCGCUAAUCAGCGUGAACGGAACCCAACUGCAAGGUGUGAAGAACUUCCCGUACCUGGGCAGUACCCUCUCCCGCAAUACCAAGAUCAAUGACGAAGUGGCCAACAGGAUUCCUAAAGCCAGUCAAGCCUUCUGUCGCCUCCAAAGCACAGUUUGGAAUCGUCAUGGUCUUCAACUGAGCACGAAGCUAAAGAUGUACAAGGCCGUCAUCCUGCCGACGCUACUGUACGGAUCGGAGACUUGUACGGUGUACACAAAGCCGGCACGCCGUCUGAACCACUUCCACCUCAGUUGUCUCCGUCGCAUCCUGAGGCUGAAGUGGCAGGAUCGAAUCCCCGACACGGAAGUACUGGAACGAACGGAAAUCCUCAGCAUCUACGCCAUACUGAGACAAAUGCAGCUGCGCUGGAGCGGUCACCUGGUGCGCAUGGAUGACGAGCGACUACCCAAACGACUCUUCUACGGAGACGUCGGGACGGGUUCUCGCCGUCAAGGAGGCCAGAUUCGCCGUUACAAGGAUACCCUGAAGUCCUCCCUGAAGCGCCUGCAAAUCAACCCGCCCAACUGGGAAGAGCUCGCUCGCGAUCGCCCGACAUGGAGGAGAUCAGUGAAGACGGGCGCUGCCACCUACGAAGCCAAACGCACCGCCUCCGCCAAAGCGAAACGCGAGGCACGCAAAUCACAAAUUCGCCCAGUCCGCAACGCCAACGCACAACCGCUGCCUACAUGUUCUCGGUGUCAACGGACAUUCCGGGAACGAAUCGGACUUGUUGGACAUCUUCGGAUCAACUGCACCUCUCGAACUGCUCCAGCCAUCGUCCCCCCGCCCGCCUCUUCCUCGCCCUCUCUUCCACCAACUAACUCUGACACUCCUUCUGCACCACCACUUCCAUCCUCCUCCUUCUCAUCCACUGUCCCAGCGGCGGCCGUUCAGGCUGCCGUCUCACACAUCACCAACCCCGACACAACAACCGCCACCACCCCCACCUCUCCCGAUUCCUGUGAUGAGGAUCAGGACUACACCUGCCCUCACUGCGACCGCACCUUCACUUCUCGCAUCGGCCUGGUCGGUCACGUGCGAAUCCAUCGCGCAGAGACCGGCGAACCAGUGCCUGGAGCACCAACCUACACCCACCGCACUCGCCUCCACUGUCCACACUGCCCUCGCACCUUCACUCAUCGCGUGGGUCUAUUCGGCCACAUGCGCAUCCACCAGAGCGGAAUUGACCGCAGCCUUGACACACCCACCCCACCGGGCCCCACUCCCAAUCCACCACCUUGUGCACCCACUAACCACUCCCCAGCCGACAUCGACGCCACCGACCUUACCACCCCUCACUCCUCCCCUUCCUCCUCCUCUUCCUCCUUCACUGCCACAACGACGGCCGCUUCGGCGUCUGUCGCCCACGACUUCACCACAGCCGAACCUGACACAACAACAGGCACAAGCCCUGCAACCUCCAUCAUCAGACGUGAGGGCCAGGACUACAUCUGCCCUCACUGCGAUCGCACCUUCACUUCACGCAUCGGCCUGGUCGGUCACUUGCGAAUCCAUCGCACAGAGACUGGCGAACCAGUGCCUGGGGCACCAACCUACACUCACCGCACUCGCCUCCACUGCCCACAUUGCCCUCGCACCUUCACGCAUCGCAUGGGCCUUUUCGGCCACAUGCGCAUCCACGAGAGCGGAAUUGACCACAAUUCCGACACACCAAUCGCAUCCAACACAUUCCUCAUGCCCAGCCUCACCCUCGCUCCAUCGCUCUGCUCGAUCACCAGCACCAGCACCACCACCGCUUCCUCCGCAGCCGACACCGCCGACUUCUCGUGCCCACACUGCCCACGCACAUUCACCUCACGCAUUGGCCUGAUCGGUCACUUGCGAAUCCAUCGCACAGAGACUGGCGAAUCAGUGCCUGGAGCACCAGCCUUUACCCACCAAGCUCGUCUCCACUGCCCACACUGUCCUCGCACCUUCACGCAUCGUAUGGGCCUAUUCGGCCACAUGCGCAUCCACGACGACCUGCGGUAG